UAUUGAUUACAUACAAUGAACGAGAAAAAGCUGGUGCAGAAUUUCAAGAGCUACAUCAAUGUACCACCCGUAAAUAAUGGAGACAAAAACGGUGCUGUUCCAGAUGUAAAACCAAAACUUCUAAAUGGCGAGCAGGUGGUGGGCGCGGCACAGAGCGUGGUAAUGUUGACGCCACUCAGCGAACGCGACAGGGGCCGCUUCGGCUCUCUCUUUGUCACUAACUAUAAGCUGUCCUUCGUACCACUCGAGAGCCCCUACAAUGACGAGUACUGCCAAAGAAACAAUCUUCUAGGCCCAUACGAUGUACCCUUGACGGCGGUCGGAGCUAUAUGGCUCACAGACGGAGGGCCUGUGAGGAGACGGAAGCUCAUGCCCUUUGGGGACAUGCCUGCGAAGAUUAAGGGAAUUCAGAUUAUAUGUAAGAACAUGAAAGUACUUACUUUCAGCUUCGCGAAUUCCGCCAUCGGCAAAGGACGCCAAGUAGCUAUGGCGUUAAUACAUCACUCGUUCCCCAAAAGACACGACCUGCUGUUUGCGUACGAAUACAGAGAGCGUUAUCAUCCCACCCUGCCUUCAGAUUUGAACAUGUUUCAACGACCUAAUGAUUGGAAAAGAGAGCUUGAAAGCCAGGUGCAAGACUCACAGUACUACUCCAUGCUGGAUUCGAGCCGAUGGCUGAGGUACGUGGCCAAUUGCAUCGCGUUCGCGGACGACGCCGCAAGAUAUUUAGCUAACAACGUUACCGUUGUCUUACAGGAAGGCGACGGCGUGGAUUACUGCGCUGUUGUGUCCUCUCUGACACAACUGCUGGUGGAUCCUCACUUCCGCACGAUAUCGGGCUUCCAGUCGCUCAUACAAAAGGAAUGGAUUGCGUUGGGACAUCCUUUCUGUGACAGAUUCGGCCUUCCUCGGCCAGGCUGUACCAGAGACAUCUCAGCUAAAGAGAACAUAAGCAUGCAACGCGCACCCAUCUUCCUGCUGUUCCUGGACUGCACGUGGCAGCUGCUAAACCAGUUCCCGUCUUACUUCCAGUUCACUGAAACCUAUCUGACUACGCUAUGGGACUGUGUGCAUAACCACCUCUUUGACACGUUCUUGUUUAACUGCCCGCGGGACAGGGAAUUAGCUAUCUCCAAGGACUUUGUCGAAAGGCCGGUGUGGGACUGGGGCGAGCAGUUCAUGGAUCAAGACAUGGCGUUGUUCUACAAUCCCUUGUACCUAGGCAACAAGCCCUCUACGAGUACACCCAACCAGAGGCUAUCAACAAUAUCAAUACCAAGCAAACCAACGUCAGAACUGCCCAGACUGAAGCCGUGUACAUCGAUAGCAGGCAUGGAGUUGUGGUCGCAGUGCUACGAGCGCUGGCUGCUGCCGCUCGAUGCGUUACACGCGGGGCCUGUGCAGUACCACGUCUACAACUACUCGGUUUUGAAAGAUAUUCAACAACUAAACGAGAAACUAUCAUCUCUCUCCUUCAUAAACAACCGACAUUCGUCGAACGGCGACGAUGGGAACGAGCCGUCUCGCGUCGUAGUCUCUCGCUUCCAUCCAUUCAGUUUGUCACGUUCCGAAGAUGUUACCAGGACUUUAGAUUUGAUGCAACAUACGCAUAGACAAUUGAAGAAUAAUAAGAACACUAUAGGAAUUUUCAAGCCACCAAAAAGGUUUGCAAUAUGGUUCAACGAUUAAUGCAUGGAGUCUUUAACUUGGGAGACUGAAGAAGGCUAAUUAAAAUUUAAUUGUGUCGGUCCACGGGUAAAGGUGCCGUAGGGCGGAAUGAUAAGAGGACCGAUUAAUUGCGCUGAAUAAAUGCGUAUGAAUUGCAAAGUCCAUAGUAAUAUAAAACGUACAUUUAAGGGAGUAAAUUAUAGAAUCGCUACGGAAUAGGUACUAUAAAUGUGUACAAAACGGUACUCAUACUCACAAUUGUUUCGGAUCAACAUUAUACUUAACAAAUCAGUAAAUUGUUAAUUGACACUUUCAUUGACAAGAUUAAAUGACAGCUAUUAAUAAAAUAAAUUGGAAUGAAUAAAAGGAAGGGUACAUUAUUUUAGUAGAUAACUAUAAUUAAUUCACGUUAAGAAUGCUAGGUAAUAGGGUAUUUGACCCGAAAAUUUAUUUUGCUUCAAUCAACUCACAUGAACGCGGAGAAAUCUGAAUUUUCGAAUGCCUUUAUAUCAACAUUAUCAACUAACACCAGAGAUAUUAAAUUAUUAAUGGUUGAAAUUGGUAGCGGGAUACUCCGCACCUUUUUGUAACAAUGAACAAACAGUCGAAUUUUUUAUUAUAAAUAGUAAACUGACGUUGAGUGAACUUGCUAGCUUUUGAUGAAAUAAUGUAGUCUGAGACUGAGGGAUUUAUAAAACGAACUUUCAUUUUAACUAAGCAAAAACGGCAAGCUAAGCAAAUAUUUCAUAUUUACAAAACAAAUGUUUCUAAGUUUAAGCAUGAAAUUACGAAGUAAAGUCAACGUGUAAAUUAUUUUUUUACUUAAACAUAAACCAAGGUCAUUUUUUACAUACGGAAAAUCAACUUAACAUGCCGUCUUUGCUUGGUCGAAUCAAAGUUCGUUUUAUAAACCCAAGCCUUAAAAUCUGCCGUCUACUAAACAAACCGCGGCCAAGUGACAAAUUAUCCGUUUUAAAUAGCAAAAGAUAGAGCGUUACAAGGGAGCGUUUUAAAGUUCUCAUGUAGAGUGAUCAUCUAAUAGAUCAUCUAACCGAUAUCUAGGAUUUUAUAAUACGCUACGUAAGUAACGAGCAUUGGCGAAUAAAACUGAGAAAUGCUAAAGUCAUGCAUUGUGCUUAUUUCAGUGAAUUCAGAACUUUAAAAGGCUCCCCUGUAAACUUCGCAAUUUCGACAUGCGAUUCUUUACGUAGGAGGGGUCGAAAUGUGUUUAUUGUUCAGUAUGUGUUUCGUUCUAAAUUUACUCACUGGAACGAAAUUAGUAAAAUGUUGCAUUUUUGUUAUCUUUUGUUAUCUGCUGCAGAAUAAUUUAUUUACUUCAUGUAAUCUAAUUACAUGAAACUCUUUUUCUAUUAUCAAAUUCUUCAGUUUUUAAAACGAACUUAGAAAGAUAUAAAGGUAUGCCGCCGUCCAGUC